CAUGACAUUCGGUAGUAUCCUGUUCAUUUUUUUUUAAACUCUCUUUCUCUCAUUGCUUUCGAAAUCUCACGGAAAAUGUACUCUCGCUCACGGUUUUCACGGAAAAUUCCACUCAAAAAAGGACGAAAUCUCAAAUCCCCGUACCGAACGAUAUUGCUUGGACGACCAUGUCCUUGCUCACAAAGAGCAGAAAGAGUGAGAGCAGUCUACGGAGAGAGCAAGUCGUACGAAAAUUGCCAUUUUCAUUUUUGCACUCCAACCACGGGCCACAGUUCACCCGUUGUCGUCCUAGGAUAGGUGUGGAGGGCUUGGUCCUUGCUGGCGGAUUGCGUGGUGCUACGCACGAACUGGCGUCGAAUAAAAUGGGUUGCAGCCAUGCUGGUGCACUGUUCGGCUGGCCAUCGUUUACGCGGAACUGACCCGCACGAUACCCGGUUGUACUGCUAGAACGGGGCAAAAAGGCACCCCACAUAAACACAAACGCGCGCGCGGGGUAAUCGGUUCGUUCCUGCCUGCCAAAGGGAGCAUUACGCAGCAACAACGCAAAGGUGAUAGUGGUGGUGGUGGUGGUGUACCAGGCUACACGCAAUUAUCGUACGAGCAACGUAGGGAAGCAGCGCACAGGCCAUCCUCUACGAGCACAUCUCUCCCGCACCAUAACACUAGAAUAGCUGUCUCCAGUCACUCAGCGCCCAGGUAGCCGAAGGAUGGUCACGAAGAAAAGCGUCGACAUAGAGAAGGAAAAACUUGCGAAAAACAUGUACUCCGGCUGCUCCGGUGGCAGUGGCAGCACCACCUCCGGCCAUCUUCCAGCGGCCAAAUCGUCCAGUGCGGCAGGAAGCACCACGGCCGGCCCGUGCAACACGGUAGUAAGCUUCAGCCCGGGCACGAUGGCCAACAGCAGCAGCCAUAUGGUGCAGCAGAUCCUUCCCCCCGGCCAGGAUGCGCCCAACAUACUCGUGUACAAAAAGAUGGAAGCCAUCGUGGAGCGGAUGCAAACCGAGGGCAGCGGCGUGUCGGUGCGCACGGUCAAGGCGUUCAUGAGCAAGGUGCCGUCCGUGUUUACCGGGGCCGAUCUGAUCCAGUGGAUCAUGGCGAACCUGACGGUGGACGACAUUAGCGAGGCGCUGCACCUGGCGCACCUGCUCGCGUCCCACGGCUAUCUCUUCCCGAUCGACGACCAUCAGCUGACGGUGCGCAACGACGGCACGUUCUACCGCUUCCAGACGCCCUACUUCUGGCCGUCCAACUUCUGGGAGCCGGAAAACACCGACUACGCCAUCUAUCUCUGCAAGCGCACGAUGCAGAACAAGACGCGGCUCGAGCUCGCCGACUACGAGGCGGAAAAUCUGGCCAAGCUGCAGAAGAUGUUCUCCCGCAAGUGGGAGUUCAUCUUCAUGCAGGCCGAGGCGCAGAGCAAGGUGGACAAGAAGCGCGACAAGCUCGAGCGCAAGGUGCUGGACUCGCAGGAGCGCGCGUUCUGGGACGUGCACCGGCCGAUGCCCGGUUGCGUCAACACGACCGAGAUGGACAUUAAGAAGGCGUACCGGAAAGGCGCCUCGUCGCUCGGGUCGGGGUCGGCCGGUACCGCCGCCCACAGCAAUCCGGCGGAAACGAUGGCCAAAACGAUCGCCCUGCUCAAGCAGAAGCUCGACCGUCGCACAAUCAAAGUCUCCAAGGUGGCCGAAUCGUAUAUCUCGUACUAUGAGCAGUAUAGCGAGUUUGACUACUUUCUAUCCGCGCCCGACCAUCCCAAUCCAUGGCAGACGGAUAAUACCGAAUUUUGGGACGCGGAAAAACUGGGCAAAGACAUUCCGAUGAAGCGCGUCAAACGGUGGGGCUUUAGCUUGCGGGAACUACUGAACGAUCCGAUCGGACGCGAGCAGUUUACCAAGUUUUUGGACAAAGAAUUUAGUGGUGAAAAUUUGAAAUUCUGGGAAGCGAUACAGGACAUGAAGGCGCUGCCCCAGUCCCAGAUCAAGGAGGCCGCCCAGGCAAUCUGGAACGAGUACCUUGCGCCGGACGCCGCCUGCCCGGUCAACAUCGACUCGAAAUCGCUCGAGCUGGCCCGCGACGUCGUGAAGGAGGGGGCGGCCCAGCCGAGCCGCUGGUGCUUCGAUGUAGCGGCCGACCACGUGUUUUAUCUGAUGAAGAGUGACUCCUACUCGCGCUUCCUGCGUUCCGAUAUGUACAAAGACUGUCUGAACGGCUCAAAGAAGAAGACAUCCGUCAAGGGACUUCGAAUAUUUUCCGGACGAAAAGAUACGCCUGUGAUAAAUUAACUUUUGCCUGCUUUUAACGGUUCCGAUUUUGUUUUUUUUUUGUAUUGCGCGUUUCUAAAACGCUUUUAUGAGAUAAACACAACAUAUUCACGGUUCACACAUCGACCGAGAAGAAGCAUACUUUUCCGGCGGCAUCCGUGCGGUGUUGUUUCUGUGUAGCAUGAUAGUUUGACGAUAAAGCCAGACCAUUUUCCUCCCACAGCAAACCACCCCCGGCGUUCGCCCAGGAGCCCGCUACGCAUAAAUAUAUCCACUAUAGUGGCAAAUUUAAUAAAUUAUGAUUUUGGGGUUUUCUGCAAACCAUCAUGUUAGUGCUUUUUAGGAAAAAAACCAUUACUCCACGAAUUGGGUUUUACCGUGGUAGCUGAAAUAGUAGCAAAGCAUUAAACAAAGUAAUUGCUUUCCAAUAGAAUAAUUUGCUUGCGCAAGUGUUAGCAAGCACGGAGGAGAAAAGCAAAAUAGCAGUAGUCGUCAGCCUGUUGUGUUUCUGCUGCGGAUUGUUACGCAUCUGCUCACGGAACAGUAGACGCAAAAUAAAAAAGGAAAACAAUGUCUAUCGGGUAUUCUACAUAAUGUGAUGUGUAAAUAGCGUUAGUCGUAAUAGUAGCGAAACACACAAGAAGAAGAAGAAAAAAAACUACUAAAAUGUUUCCACAGUAAACAACCCGUGUGUCGUCUAUCCUGCUGUGUAAUGGUACUACUAAGACAAUCUAAUUUCACUAGCAGCGGAAGCGGAAGCCUUCUGCCACGCGCCCCCUGUGCAUGAUUGGUAAUUGAGUUACCUUUUUACGAAAAAGUAAAAACAACACUAUUGCUAUAAUUACACCCAAUUACUAACGCUAACCACUAAUUACUAAACUGCUAUUUACUAACUUACCACUACUAUUACUCUAACGUGUUGUUGAAGAAAUGAAAUAUCAACGUUUUAAAAACGACAUUACCCACCACCGGUUCGUAAACAAGAAAGACAAACAAAAACUAGUGAGAAAUGUUUUAAAACAUACGAUUACAGAGACUAGAGACUAGUUGAAUUAUGAUUAGCGCGCAUGGGAGCAGCAUUUUAAGCGGAAGAUCAAGAUUAAAAAAAAAGACUCAACCAUCGGUAGAAACAUGUGCUUAG